AUGAAGCUUUAUUCUAUAAUACUUAUUGGCGCUGCAUUUUUGGUGUUAGCGUUCCCAGCUGGAAAGAGGUAAGAUAUGAAAAAUGGUUUACCGUGAAUUACAGUCCAGCGUAAAAACUUACUUAAGUCAUUUCGUAUUUGACCUGUUCAAGUAAUUUUAUAUGCCGUUAGAAACUUGAAAGUUUGGUCCGAUUUACUUUUAUCGGAUUCUUUUUAAAGAGCAUGUACGUAGAAUACAAGCUCGCACAGUUUUUCCUUUUAUUAGUAUAAAAAGAGAAGUGAUUUAUUUCUAUAACAGUAUUGAAAUAUAUUUACGUUUUUAGGUUUAAACUUAUCUGUAGUUUCAAAUGAAGCGUUUAUACACGUUUAUACUUGUUUAAGCGUCGAAUUUAAGGUUCGCCAUAUUGAGAUGAAUAAAAUGCAGUACACCAUUGGGGUCUAAUUUAGCUAUCUUAUUAGUAGCGAUGUUUUGGAUCAAAGUGCGCUUAAAAGGCUCUAGGAAAGGCUGAAUCAAAUUGAUGAUUUUUUUUUGUCUGCAGAACUAAAUCAGCAUUUAAAGGCUGAAACAGAUCUUUUAUUAAACGUAAAAGCUUUUUAGUCGAGCUAGAAAUACUGACAAAAUGUAAAAUGUUACUUUAAUAACUUCUUAGUCAACACUUUGAAGAUGCUCAGCAUGUAGAAGAAGAUAUGGCUGCCCAGCCCCCUUAUAUUUAUCGUCCUUAUCGUCGUCAAGCCAAGAAUACCAGGAUAUUUAAUCUUGGUAUCGGCGACAAAGACAAUGGAGUUAAUGUCGGCGUCGAUAAAGACAAGGGUGUCGAUGUUGGCGUUACAGUUGGUGGCAAGAAGAUAGGUGUUGGAGCAGGGAAAACAGGCGCGAAUGUCCAAGUUCCUUUGUAAGUUUUUCGGAUCUUGUUUAAUUGAUAUCUAUGCAAAUGAUUAUCAAUCAAUGGUCUGCCCAACUCUUCUUAUCUGUCAUUCAAAAUAUUCCGCCGUUUCCCUGAUAGGGUUAAAUGGUCCCAGCUACUUUUUCACAGCCAGCUGGCUUUGAAAGAUGGGAACAAUGCAUCAUCGAUACCAAUAAUAAAAAAAACCUCAGAGAAAAGUGAGGAAUUCGCUAAAGUUAAUUUCAAGUUGUUUAUCUGAGUCUCUAAGGUCUAAAAAAAGGAAAGGUGCGGGGCGCUAUUGAAACUAUGAUUGCUUUUUACUGCCUAUGGUACGCCCAGUCAUAAAUUCUUUUACGUCGCUCGAUUCCGUCAAAAAACAGUGUUAAAUUAUUUCAUUUUGCUUUCGUUACAAGUAUCCUUUAGAAUAAACAACAAAGUUUGCCUUCAAUCGCCAAUUUGUUAUCACAGAAACAGGUUGAUUACUUUGAACUCACCACAGUAAGAACUAACUGAUAAGCGGGGUUUUAAGGUAACUACAUUUAAAUAAUGAUAACUGUUUUUCUUUUUAGUUGGAAGUAAAAACACAAGUCAAGCAAGGCCAGAACAAGCACACAGCAUAGUGAAAGUAAAAUAA